GUGUUCGAUUCAGCGACAUCAUUGAUCAAACUGGAUCAAACACAAAAAUUGUAGGUUAUAUUCGUGCUAACAUUGUUUAGCAACUGAAAUUUUUCAAAGAACAUGCCGAAUUAAAAUACAAAUGAUUUUAUUUAUCAAAUAAUGUGAAGUGCUAUGUGGAAUAUGCUAGUUUGAAAAUAAUAUUAUUUAAAUCAUGCAACUUCUCAGUAUAUGUUUUGGAGAAAAAUAAAUUGCUUGAAAAACUACCAGGAGGAAAAUAAAUAAGUGAACAUGUUUAAGAACACUUUUCAAAGUGGAUUUUUAUCAAUUUUGUAUAGUAUUGGGAGUAAGCCCUUACAAAUUUGGGAUAAGAAAGUAAGAAAUGGGCACAUAAAACGGAUUACAGAUAAUGAUAUACAAAGUUUAGUAUUGGAAAUACUGGGUAGUAAUGUGAGUACGACGUACAUCACUUGCCCAGCGGACCCAAGAAAAACUUUGGGAAUAAAGUUACCAUUUCUGGUCAUGAUAAUUAAGAAUUUGAAGAAAUAUUUCACGUUCGAAGUUCAGGUGAUUGACGAUAAGAAUGUGCGGCGUAGAUUUCGUGCCAGUAAUUAUCAAUCCACCACUAGAGUUAAACCAUUUAUUUGUACAAUGCCAAUGAGAUUAGAUGAUGGAUGGAAUCAAAUCCAGUUUAAUUUAGCUGACUUCACUAGACGCGCAUAUGGAACCAAUUAUGUAGAAACGUUAAGAGUUCAAAUUCAUGCAAAUUGUAGAAUACGAAGAGUAUACUUUUCUGACAGACUGUAUUCAGAAGAUGAAUUGCCUGCAGAAUUUAAGUUAUUUUUACCAAUUCAGAAUAAAGCUAAAUGUUAAAACAAU